CAGUUGCAGUGUCAUUGACGUCAUGUCCGUGGGAAACGUCGGCUGCUAGUCCACGAAUGUCCAGCGAGAUAAUUAUCUCUUCUUUGUUUUGUAUUUAAUUUUUAUAAAUGUAAAGAUGAUUCUUACUGUAAAACCUCUUCAAGGAAAAGAGUGUAAUGUUCAGGUGACAGAAAAUGAAAAGGUAUCGACGGUAAAAGAGUUGGUAUCAAAGCGUUUAAACAUCCCUCCAAGUCAGCAGAGACUCCUGUAUAAAGGAAAAGCACUCGCAGAUGAACACAGGUUGAGUGAUUACUCGAUUGGCCCGGAGGCUAAGCUGAAUCUGGUGGUGCGUCCCGCGGGAGAGAGGAGCAGUGGCGCGGGGGGGACCAGCGGCUGGAGUAAUGACAGAGCGGGCAGUGGUGUAUGGCAGUCACUGUCAACUGUCCUGGCCAAACACUUCAGCCCUGCCGAUGCUGCAAAAGUGCAGGAGCAACUUAUUAAGGAUUAUGAGCGCUCCCUCAGACAGCUCAGUCUGGAUGACAUCGAGCGUCUGGCCAGCCGCCUGCUCCACCCCGAGACAGAGGCCAUGGAUACCUCAUAUAUGGACUAAAACACACUAGACUGACAGAGAAACUCCAGCUCCAUUGAACUCCUCCUACCACAUACAUGGUUUGAGAAGUCCAGCCCAGGGAGUAGGAUGUACUUCAUAUGGACUUCUAUGGAGGAAAAUAAAAGUCAGACGUCCCCCUCACAUCAGACUGGGCUUCUGAUGUUCAAGAGGCCACGAUGCUUACCGUCGCUUUCCCAUCAGAGGAAACCGGUGGUGCUUUUACUGCAACUUUGUAAAUAUUGUGUGCAAAUGUUUAAACGAUGAUAAUAAAAGGUGUUCUCGAUCAGCUUGAUCACUUUCUUGCUUUAAAAAAAAAGAAAGAAAGAAAAUCGAGUGGAAUUGACAGACAGCUUGGUUGUAAAUGCAUCUUUAUUUAUGUUUUUUUGGUUUUGAUGUCAUUCUAACAUUUGGCCAAUGUUAAAAAAAAAGAUUUUUUUUUCUUUAUGCAUUUUGGCAUAUAAACUGGAGGAGCUCUUGGGUUGAGUUGAGUAUGGAUAUAUAUUAUUGAACACAAGCUUAACAUGUAAAUGUCCAAAGGCAAAUCAAAACACAUAACUCUUCAUGAACGCUCAUUUACAACAGCUCUACAUGUGCAAAAGAUGACGUUUUGUAACCAUUCUAAAUGGCGUGGUUGUUAACAUUCUUAAGAAAUCUGUUUCAGAGACAGAAAGUGUCUCUAAAACACUUUUAGAAGAACUUACAAUCCAACCAAGACUAAUAUAAUCGGAUGUGAUGUCGACGUGAACUUACCAAAUGUCAGAACACAUUACCCGAGUUAAUACCCAUUACCCCGUCACCAAAUCCCGAUUCACCCUUAAUUCAUGACGUAUUACAUAGGAGGUAUCUAGAGAGAAAUCUCCAAACAAAUCGCAAUGGUUGCCAAGUAGAUUUUAAGGGGAUGUUUUCAUUACGAUGAUGUACUGAAAAACUGGGUUUUCCACUUACAGACGACACCAUUGUCAAAUUGUGAAAACGAUUAAAACGCUUGUAUUCUGCUGCCAGGCCAUGGUUGGCGACGUCACUUUGUAAAGUAACACUACGCGCUAAUAGACUGAACACGUAAUACACAUGCGCACGAAGUCAAGUUUAUGUUGUUUACAUGGAGACGCUACUAAUACUUGCACUUUGAAUCCUGUUUUCAGAAGUCGUGUAAACGGUAAAUACAGUAAAAAUCAAGUUAAAAAUCACCACACCUUCUCCCUAUAUGGACACUGGGAAAUAUAUUUCAUCAUUUUUAUUUAUGUG